CGAGUCUCGCGCGAUCGGUUCUUCAGCCUGUUUGCUGCGACAUUUGACAACAAUUGCUGAUGGAUAUUUAUUACGGUUAUAGGAGUUUUAUGGACGCAAAUGAUCGUCGCACAAUCGUCAUUAUGCGGAAAUACUUUACCGGAGAACAUUAUUGAAUUUCGGAAUGUUUUCAAUAGAAAGAAACGUACUUAUUUAAAGUAUUUCGUUUAAAUCAUACAUGCAUGUAUGAUAUGAUUACAGAUCAUUUUAACGUAUGGUUGUCAUUUAUUAGAACAGUAAUCAAGGGCAUAGACAUUCCUUCCACAGCAGACAGACCAUGCUGUAUUAUUGCCUGAGGAAACUGACAUCCAAAUUGGGGUAAACUGAACGGGACUUCAGCAUUCGCCCGCUAGAGUAGAGUUGGUGAUGCCGGAGGUCACUAGCGUCCUAAGGCAUUAUGUUUUUAUGCAACACCACAGCUAUCAAGGACUGGAGCUAUUUUCUUUCUCACAUCUUGCCUCUUGUCAAUAAAUCAGCUGGGUUUGUUCAUCAGAGUAUGGAUCAGGUGGAUGUGGUGACGAGCACCAUGGUGACGGCUCUGGAGCCCGACCUGAGCGGGAUGAGCGCCAGUCACCCGCCGCUCAACUCUAAUCACACGUCCGGGAUGGAGCAUGUCUUCCAGUACUCGUACUCGGAGAAUGACCUGCAGCACACGGACAACAGGACGCCGCCGAGGGACUCCAUACCGCUGCCAAAGGCAGUGCUUUACCUGGUCAUGGCCGCGCUGGUGGUGGUUGCAGUGGUGUACGCGAUCGUGGGCCACCUGGUGAAGGAUCUCGUUCACGAAUGUGUGGAGUGGGUGUUUGGGCCACGUUCAGACAAUCGGAGGAGCAAGAGUGAGGUAAACUGCAUCAGCAUGAAUGAAAUGAACGAACUGUCUCGUCCAGUGGACACACACUGCAUCACUUACAAUCACUCCGUCUCCACGAGCACUAUUAAGCCAGAAGAACUGGUGGUGACCAUCGAUGAAACCUCGCAGAUACCUCGUGAAGGUCACAGUGGAACCUAA